AUGUCCGAUGUGCCGGUGACACUGCUGCUCACCAAGAAGGGCCCCCGGUCCUCCUCGCCGGCAGGGGCCUCGGAGUGGCGCUUCCGGGAGGAGCAGCACAGGCUCCAGAAGAGGCUGCUGAGCCAUCGUGCGGGGAAACUGCACGCCUGUACAGACUGCGGGAAAGCCUUCGUCUCCCGGUCGUCUCUCGCUCUGCACACCGCCACCCACACGGGAGAGAGGCCUUACCGGUGCGAGACCUGCGGCAAAGCGUUCACUCAGUCCACAAACCUCGUCAUCCACAGGAGGAUCCACACCGGGGAGAAGCCGUACACGUGUGCAGUGUGCGGGCGAUCCUUCCGGUGCUCCUCCCAUCUCACGACCCACGCACAGACCCACAGCGGGCAGAAGCCGUACGUGUGCCAGGAAUGCGGCAAAACCUUCAGUCAGGCGACGUACCUCGUGCUGCACGGACGCAUCCACAGCGGAGUGAGGCCUUACGCCUGCACCGAGUGCGGCAAGGCCUUUUCCCGCAUGUCGUCCCUGGGGUUACAUAAAAGCGUCCACAGCGGAGAGAAGCCUUUCGCGUGCAAGGAAUGUGGCAAAACCUUCAGCCGCCCCGCAGCCCUCAGCGUACACAGUAACACGCACCGUCGGGACAGGCCGUUCGAGUGCAAGGAGUGCGGGAAAACCUUCGGCUAUUCCUCCUCCCUCACCACGCACAUGCGCAUCCACACCGGGGAGAAGCGGUACAAAUGCGAGCACUGCGGCAUGGCGUUCGCGCAGUCUUCGACCUGGAACCGGCACAGAAGAACGCACACGGGGGAGAAGCCUUACGCCUGCCAGGAAUGUGGGAGAACCUUCCACUGCUCCUCGUAUCUCUCCAGGCACCGCCAGGCUCACAGUGGGCGGAAGCCGUACACGUGCGAGGAAUGUGGGAAACUCUUCAGUCAGGUUGGCUCCCUCAAGGACCACCGCCGGAUUCACAGCGGGCUGAAGCCUUUCUCCCUGCCCCCGUACAUACUCACCUUUGCUUUCAACGAGCGGAUGGCCAGUUGA